AUGAUUGAGGGCGACGGGAAAUAUGGUGACCUGGGUUUGUUGGUUGAUCUUACCGAUGAUAUCAACUUGUCAUCUACACCGAAAGAGAGCCUAACAAUACCGGAGCUGGAGCCAACCACGCUUUACAGAACUUUUGUAAAUAGUCCCAUUGAUUUAGAUCUGUUAGGCCUCGAAUCGAUUUUGCAGAACCGCAUGGCCCCAGCUUCUUUGGGGGCUAUUCAAAAAAAAACCCAGGGCCUGAAGCUAGAUGCAAGUAUGAAAGAAAACGAUCCAAGAAGCACGCAAUCCAGUGAUCCACUCAUGACGGCUGGAACCCAGGAAAACGAGGAAGUAGAGGAAGAAGAGGAAGAGAUUGUCGAGUUUGAAUCGAGCCCGCGGCCUACCGCAUUGGAGGAGUUGGAGGAGCUGUUGGGGAUGGCAUGA